CUGCCUUUAGCCCCUCUAGGCCCUGCCAUGCCCCCUUGCAGUGGGAUGUGCCAGUAGGUGCCUGUACCCAUUAGCUGAGUCCUCGCCCUCUGCCAGCGUGGCCAGCUUCUGCAAGUUACUAUGAGAGGCAGUGUGUGGGGAUGCAGCCAGCAGCUUCCCCUGGCACAUGGCCCCAGUGAGCAAAAGAGGCACGGAGCCCAUCUGGGCUGGCACCUGGUGCCCUCUGCCCACCUGAGAUGGCUCCUGAGGCUGGCCCCGGGGAGGGGUGAACUCUGUGUCCUGGCUUUGCAAGGCUGGGGGGGUUUGCUGGCCCUGCCCUUAAACUCAGCUCUUACUGUUGGAAGGUUUUUCCUUCCCCGUGGCACUUUCUUGCCUUGACGCGGGAAAGGGAUCUGGGGAAAUGCACAAUCUCCUCCAUGCAAGAGGCUGAAGCGCAUCCAAUGGAGGGGUCUGGAAAUGCGGCAAAUCCCACUUUUAGGCCUUAAUAUUUCCUUGUGAAACAGCAGCUGUCUCCAGGGAAGACGAGAAAACGCUCACCCAUCUCUCUGGGCAGAGCAGAAGCUCCACUAAGCACCCGAAGGACACGGUGCUGAAUGAUGGAAAACCGCCCAGCACAAGAAGAUCCGCAUGAGGCCGCCGGCGGGGAAGAGAACGGCUCGGCGACCGUGCUACUGCAUUUAUAUCCACAUACGGAGGACAAUGCCGGUCCAGAUCUUGACCAAGGCCAUGAUGUGCAAACCAGUGAGUUGCCUGGGGUUGGCGGGGUGCUGAAUGGCUGGGAAGAAUGGAUCCCGGAGCUGGUAGUCACUUUGCAUUGUGCUGCCCUGAAGCACUCGACCGCCCCGACAGACAGACAGCGAGGCAGUGAGGUCUCUGCUCUCCCAGCAACCUUUGACACAGGUACGUCCCUGAAGCACUCGACCACCCUGACGAACAGACAACGAGGCAACGAGGUCUCUGCUCUCCCUGCCACUCUGGACACUUUGUCCAUCCACCAGCUGGCCGCUCAGGGUGAACUCAGCCAACUGAAAGAGCAUCUCCGGAAAGGGGACAACUUAGUCAACAAACCUGACGAGAGAGGCUUCACACCUCUGAUCUGGGCGUCGGCUUUCGGGGAGAUUGAAACUGUCCGUCAUCUGCUAGACUGGGGCGCUGACCCCCACGUCCUGGCAAAGGAGCGGGAGAGCGCUUUGUCGCUGGCCAGCACCGGUGGCUACACAGACAUCGUGAUCAUGCUGCUGGAAAGAGACGUAGACAUCAACAUCUACGACUGGAACGGAGGCACCCCGCUGCUGUACGCUGUGCGUGGCAACCACGUGAAGUGCGUGGAAGCGUUACUAGCUCGCGGUGCUGAUCUGACGACGGAAGCAGACUCCGGCUACACCCCCAUGGAUCUGGCUGUGGCGUUGGGACACAAGAAAGUCCAACAGGUUAUCGAGACCCACAUCCUCAAGCUCUUUCAGGCCAAGGAGAUGGAGUGACGCCGGCUCGGGCUCCCCGGCUGGAAGGACUGGACCUUGGUUGUCCCUGGCGGCUUUCAGGGCGCAGCGUGGGAACACGGCGGCCGGG